AUGGCUCAAGUGCCACAACCCAAAACUCCUCUCGAGAUACUGCAGAUCCAAAUCAAUGCUGUUGUACGAGCAAAAUCGGUCUUGGGACGAGAUUUAGAAGCGUUACGGUCGAAACGAGUUGCGACAGAGAACCCUCCAAUCCAACUGAUCAAUGAACCCGACGCAUCUCAGCCCGCAUCACCUCCGCAUACGAAAUGUGAUUAUCAGACUGUAGCAAUGGAGGAAGAGAGGGUUCGAGAAAUCACCCCUCUCCAAACAAUUCGGACGGAGGACGAAAACCUGGUCAAAAAUGACCCAUCGAAAGAAAUUGUGCACGAAGAAGAGAGGAAAGAGGCUAUGAUUUUGUCUCCACCAAGUACGAAUGACAAUAAGUCGCAUGCUACCGAUCUGGGAAGAAACACCACACUUUCAGCACCUGCCACAGUAGGCGGACAAGAUUCUUCGAUCGAUUCACUCUUCGAUAUCCCUGAAACUUCUGCGAAAGAAGACUCUACAGCUGUUAAUUUUGAUAACAUGGGUUUCACAAUGUUGGAUGCAACCACAAAUACUCAAAGUCAGGACAGUAACCAGGCACAAAGUACAGAGUUUGAUCUCUCCACAUUUGGGAGCAACCCGCAGGAUUUCAACAUGAACGAUCUCCAACCUUCUAAUGAAGCUUCUUCUAACAACGCGAACAUCCCCACAACAAAUGACAAAGGAAAUAUGGAGGACGACCUCCUUAACAUGACUGGUGGCAGUCGUACGAACAACAACAGCAACAAUAGCAAUAAUAACAAUAACAGUAUGGAUCUGGACCUAGAUCUCGAUAAUAUGGUUGGGGCCGAAGAAAGUGUAUUUGACGAUUUGUUUUUCGGUGGUGAUGACGAUGCAAAUGUAGGGGGAGAAAUAAGCGAAAUGGAGCAUGGCCAAUUUGAUAAUGCAUUCUUUGGUAUCGACUGA